UGUCAAACCAUGUUUAAUGGAUACGACCUUCACGGAUGCAGGUUUUGCUUAGAGCCGUUGGACUUUGGACUUGAACGCCCAAAAAAAGUCACAGGAGCACAGAAGAUUUGAACGUUUCAUCUUUCUUCUCUGAUUGGUCCCCCUCAUUGGCUUUACUUCCAAGUAUUUAACUUCAAGCGCCUUUCUCCGUGGGUUCUUCAGGUCAUCUCUUCUUUCAUUAAUUCCUUUCCCCCAUUGAUGCUGACUCUUUUUUCCCUCAAGAGCACAUAGCAAGUAUGGCUUCUGGAGGAUCAGCAGCAGCAUCCAGCCGCUCACUUCAAGACACACCCACUUGGGCUUUGGCAACAGUUUGCCUUGUCUUCAUUUUUAUCUCUAUCUUUAUAGAGCACUUGAUCGAUCUCCUUAGCCAAUGGCUCAAAAAACGUAAAAAGAAUGCCUUGUUCGAGGCCGUAGAGAAGCUCAAAUCAGUGCUUAUGCUGCUGGGUUUCAUGUCCCUAAUUCUGACAGUGUCACAAAGGUCCAUAUCCAAAAUAUGCAUACCCACAAAUGUUGCAUAUACCAUGCUUCCCUGCAGAAAAAGUGCACCCACUAAAACCACCAAAGCACUUGGUUUGGAGCCCAUUCAAUUCAUGGAAAGAAGACUAGCAGCAACUUCUUCUGAGGAUCACUGUGAAUCCCAGGGGAAAACCUCGUUUAUAUCACAAGGGGGGCUCAACCAGCUCAACAAUUUCAUAUUUGUGUUAGCAGUUAUGCAGAUUGUGUAUACUGUUCUCACCAUGGCUUUAGGAAGGGCCAAGAUGAGGCGUUGGGAAGCAUGGGAAAAAGAAACUCAGACGGUGGAAUACCAAGUUGCAAAUGAUCCUAAUCGUUUUAGGUUUACAAGGCAGACCACAUUUGGUCGUAGACAUAUGACUUCUUGUACAGGAUCAGGAAUGUGGAUUAGGUGCUUCUUCCGGCAAUUCUUCCAUUCAGUGGAAAAAGUUGAUUAUCUCACUUUACGCCACGGCUUCGUUUCAACUCAUCUGCCCACAAACAAUAAUGCUUUCAAUUUCCAAAAUUACAUUCAACGUUCGCUGGAGGACGAUUUCAGAGCUGUUGUUGGCAUCAGCCCAUUCAUGUGGUUUAUAGUCGUCAUCUUCAUCUUUCUGGACGUGCAUGGUUGGCAGGUGUAUCUCUGGGUUUCAUUCUUGCCACUAAUUAUAGUGCUGGUUCUUGGAACCAAACUUGAAGUAGUAGUUGCACAAAUGGCUCAUCAACUUCAUGAUCAGCAUAACGUGAUAAAAGGAACUCCUUUGGUGCAACCAAAGGACAGUCACUUCUGGUUCAGUCAACCACAGUUCGUCUUGACCCUUGUACAUCUCACUUUGUUUAUGAAUGCAUUUGAACUUGCUUUCUUCAUUUGGGUCACGCUACAAUUUGGGAUACACUCUUGCUACCACGAACACAUACAGAUUAUCAUUAUACGGGUGGUCUUAGCGGUCACUGUUCAAGUGAUGUGCAGUUACAUUACUCUUCCACUCUAUGCCCUAGUGACUCAGAUGGGAUCAAAUUUCAAGAGUGCAGCAGUGCUUGAAGAGGAAACAACAAAUGUUAUAAAGCAGUGGCACGCUGAAGUGAAGAAAAAGAGGAAAAAGAAACAAGACUCUUCACAAUCUGGCCAUGACGAAGAUUCUACUACUGUAGGAAGCAGUAGGGGAAUCAUGAACUCCCCGGACUCCUCUUCUCAUCGCCGGCAGCUAACUUUCGCGGAAAUCACCCAAAAUUUUCCUGGAAAAACUGAGAUUGUUGACGACAACCAAGAAAUUGUGGAAGAUCAUCAACAAAGAGUAGGGCAAAAUGAAAUUGAACUAGCUAGUAAUGUUUCAUCUAGUGAGGUACAUAUAGAAAUGCCGGAAGUGACCGCAAAACAAACUUGAACAAAAACUCUUUUUUUUGUUGACAAAAUACCUAUAUAAGCAAAACAAAAGCACAUCAAAGCAAGUAUGAUAAAUUGGAUUAUUCCAUUAGAGGAUUGUGAUUUCUCAAAUCAAUUUGACCAUACCUAUAUAAUUGCUAGUUUUUUUUUUUCCUUAA